AUGGGCGUUCCCAUGAUCCUCUCCCUCUCCGCGCUGAUCUGUCUCUCCUUCGUUAUGAUUGGUGGAGAAUGCCAGACAAACAUUACGCGCAACAACCCCCUGACCCCUCACUUGCCCGGUCUCCAUGACAGCAACACCUCCUCCCCAAAUGCCCUCGCUCCUCCACCUCGGCCCGUCCCUCGCUCCAACUCCUCCACCCGUGGCGGCGGGGGCUCGGCAGCGCCCCCUGGCUGUGUGCAGCCCACGACGGCGAAGCUGCUGUUCAAGUACGUCAACACGCUGCUCUCCUGCGUUAUCUUUGUGGUGGGCAUUGUGGGUAACUCCACGCUGCUGCGCAUCAUUUGUGAGAACAAAAGCAUGCGCACGGGCCCAAACGCCCUGAUCGCCAGCCUCGCACUGGGGGACCUACUCUACAUCAUCAUUGCCAUCCCCAUCCACAUCUAUAAGCUGAUAGCGAUGCGCUGGCCAUUCUCUGACAGUGUGUUGGGUCCCCUCUUGUGUAAGCUUGUUCCAUUUGUGCAGAAAGCCUCUGUGGGAAUCACUGUACUCAACCUUUGUGCCCUAAGUGUGGACAGGUACCGUGCGGUGGCGUCCAGGACCCGCGUGCGGAGCGUGGGUGUGCCAGUGCUGACGGCGCUGGAGAUUGUGUUUAUCUGGUGUGUGUCGGCCGUGCUGGCGGUCCCAGAGGCCAUGGGCUUCCGCAUGGUGGCCUUCUCUUACCGCAACACCUCCACACACGUCUGCAUGCUGCAGCCCACUACCCCCUUCCUCAGGUUCUACAGAGAUGUGAAGGACUGGUGGUUGUUUGGGUUUUAUUUCUGUGUGCCGCUGCUCUGUACGGCUGUCUUCUACUCACUGAUGACUGGACGGAUGCUGCACCAACGCAAGCAGCUCAAAUCAGCACUCAGCCAGCACCUUAAACAGAGGCGUGAGGUUGCGAAAGCGGUCUUUAGCCUGGUGGUGAUUUUUGCGCUGUGCUGGUUCCCCCUGCACCUCAGCCGCAUCCUCAAGAAGCUCAACUACAGCCCCCUGGACACACACCGCUGUGACCUGCUCAGUUUCCUCUUGGUGUUGGACUAUCUGAGUGUGAACCUGGCCACAGUAAACUCCUGCAUUAAUCCCAUCAUCCUCUACUUUGUCAGCAAGAAAUUUAAAAACUGCUUUAAGUCUUGUCUCUGCUGCUGGUGUCCCUCUGGUAGGACCCGUGUUCACUCCAGCCCUGAGAAACACAAAGCCCUCCUCACCUAA